AUGUCCUCAGAAGCAGUUACAGAUGUGAAAGGUGUCACUGAUAACAAAGAAAAGCAGACUGUGGAAGAGGUUGAGAGUUUGCUUCAGGCUUCUUCUGACAGAGUAAAACUGUGCAACACAAUCCUAGAUGAUCUUAAGCUUCUAAAUGAGGCAUUAGUGAGGAGGUCUCUUCAGGAUGUGUCCAUGUCAACACAGAAGUGA